AACGGAGUGCCCUUUUGUGCAGCUCACAGUCAGGGCUCGUGCGACCUAUGUAGUGCGCUUAGAGCCAAUUGUAAUACAGCCUCGUUGAAUAUCCUGCGCGCGCGGAAUCCAGGCACUAAACGCGGUACAGAAAACAUCCUGUGUCUGGAGGCUGUUCAUUUCCCCUCACAGUGUGGACGAUUUCUAGUUCGUAGUGAUGCAAAUGUGGAACCAAGGGUCAUAUGGAGAGGCAAGCAUGGCUGGUGGAUACACACAGUCACCAGGGGGCUUUGGCUCACCUGCUGCUUCCCAGGGAGGAGAGAAAAAAGGGAGGGCACGGGCACAGCAGAUAGUCCCCUGUACAGUGUCGCAGCUGAUGUCUGCUACCCAAGCGGAGGACGUCUUCAGAGUAGGGGAGGUGGAAAUUGCACAAGUUACUAUCGUGGGAAUCAUCAGAAGCACCGAUAAGUCCAUGACUAACAUUCAGUACAAAGUGGACGACAUGAAUGGCCCCAUGGAUGUGAAGCAGUGGGUAGAUACAGAGGAUCCCACUGUGGACAGCACUGUUAUUCCUCCAGAUACAUAUGUCAAGGUCUCUGGAAACCUGCGUUCUUUUCAGAAUAAUAGGUCUUUAGUGGCAUUCAGUGUCCGCCCAUUAGAGGAUAUGAAUGAGAUCACUUCUCAUAUGCUGGAGGUUGUGCAGGCUCAUAUGCUGCUGAGCAAACCACAGACCAUGGGAGGAGGAGGAGGCGGGAGCAUGAACAGCAGCAUAGUGUCACGUCCUGGACUGGGUGGCAUGGGCAUGAGUGGGGGCUACUCUGGUGCCAGCUCCAUGGCUAAUAAUGGAUUAAACCCUAAUCAAAAUCAGGUUUUGUGUCUGAUAAAAAGCUGCCCAGAACCUCAGGGUAUCAGCAUUCAGGAGCUAAAACAAAGACUAAGUGGCAUGAACAUGUCUAUAAUCAGGCAAGUUGUGGACUUUCUCAGCAAUGAGGGACACAUUUUCUCUACAAUUGAUGAAGACCACUUCAGAUCAACAGAUCAAGAAGCCUAAUGACCAUCUGUCACCCUUUAACACUGCUGCAGUAAACCUUUCUGAACAUCCUACUUAAUAUAAAGCUUAGAGUUAUCUGUACUAGUACAUUAUACACACUGCAGCAAUAAGUUACAUAUUCAGUUCUAGGCAUAUCUUAUUGCCAGAAAAUGAUGGACCUGAUGGCUGUUAACAGAGCAACAUUUAUUGAGACGUUAUUCAUGCAGGUCAUUCAACAGUUUGUUCAGUUUGUGACUGGAAAAUACAAAAAGCAGUUAAAAACAAAAAUUGAUAAAAGGUUUUAAUGUAUACAUUGUUCUUUAUAAACAUUUCUAUGUUUCUGUAAUCGUUUUUUCCUUUACAUGUAACUUUUUUUCUACUGCUUAAUAAAAAAGAAUAAAAUCCA